AUGGCGGUAAUUUGGGGCCUCGACCUGAAAGAGAUGCAAUGGGGAAAGUUCAAAAACAGCUACAUGUGGAACAACGAGUACCACCGGCGCCGAACAAAGUUCAUCAUCUAUCAGUGCGCCAUGAUAUUCUGUGUCGUGAGCGAGAGCUUGGGCACAGCAGCGCUGUCUGAUUAUGUCGACCAGCAAGACUUCGUCGCAAAGCACAGUCCCGGCGCCACCGUCCACAACAACGACUUCAUCGGCAUUGCCUCGUACAAUAUCUUCGUGGGCAUCUACGUCGCCACCAUCUUCGGCUCCGCCUUCUUCUUCGACCUCUUCUGGCCCGAGCGACAUGAGACACCCGCCGUGAAACUCGCAUGGCGCAUCUGCUCCGUACUGGCCUGCCUUUUCACGCUCUCCGCUGCGCUGGCAUACACGGUGAUUCUGGCGACCAAGCGCGCGUACGUGACGGGCACGGAUGCCGACACGACAGAGAGGCUGCUCAGGGAGUAUGGCGGCAGUCCGAUGAGGUAUCGAGACAACGGGAGGGCGAUUGCGAGCGUGGUGUUCCUGUGGCCGGGCAUGGUCUCUACGUUUGCUAGCACGGCUCUUCUAUGGCACAGCCUAUCCCACAUCGACAGCUUUGGUCCAAAGUCGAAGCACGCCCGCAUCCGGGAUGGCGCCGCAGUCGAACCCACCACGAAGCCAAAUGGCGAGCCCAUCGAAAAGCCGAUGGACGACGGUAGCGCCAUGACAGAGACAUCGACCGACGCACCCACUGCGAAUGGGGUCGUAGCGCCCGAGCCAAUACACUCAAGACCUGAAGGCGUUCAAGAUCGACCCAUGGCCCCGAAUGGACGGUAUGAAGGGGUAUAA